UUCCCGAGACACCCUGGAGUGUGCGCUCUGCCCCUUUUCUCUCGCGGCCCGGUGACCUCGGUUUCCCGGCCGUGCUGGGCCUGACAUGCUGCCCGACUGCCUGUCGGCGGAGGGCGAGCGGCGCUGCCGGCGGUUGCUGGCGGGGGCCACGGCCCGGCUCCGCGCGCGACCUGCGGCGGCCGCGGUUCUCGUGCCGCUGUGCUCGGUGCGCGGGGUCCCGGCGCUGCUCUACACACUGCGGUCCAGCCGCCUGCCCGGGAGGCACAAGGGUGACGUCAGUUUCCCAGGUGGCAAGUGUGACCCCGCUGACCGCGACGUGGUGCACACGGCCCUGAGGGAGACCCGCGAGGAGGUGGGCCUGGUUGUGCCUGAGGAGCAUGUGUGGGGUGUCCUGAGGCCCGUGCACGACCAGCAAAAGGCCACUGUGGUGCCGGUGCUGGCCGGCGUGGGCCCACUGGAUCCCCAGAGCCUCAGGCCCAACCCCGAUGAGGUGGAUGAAGUGUUUGCACUGCCCCUGGCCCAUCUGCUGCAGGAACAGAACCAGGGCUAUACCCACUUCUGCCAUGGUGGCCACUUCCGCUACACACUGCCUGUCUUCCUGCACGGGCCACACCGGAUCUGGGGGCUCACGGCCGUCAUCACUGAGUUCACCCUGCAGCUCCUGGCACCUGGCAUCUACCAGCCCUGGCUGGCCACCCCUGAGCUGCCCAGGGGCUGAUGACGUGGUCCUGAGCAGCCCCUGCCUUUGCCCUGCCACGCCAGCUCCACUCCAGGACUGAAUAAAGAGCCUUUGCCAACUGCAUGGCGACUGCACCUUCUGCACUGGAGCCCUGACCUUGGGCAGACCCCAUGGGACAGCUGGCCUCCUGGCUAGGGUGCCUCUGGAUAAUCACACUGUUACUUGCU